GAAGAUGAUUUGAACUCCGCACCAUUGUUAGCACGUUGCCGUGAAAGUCAGUUAUAAAAGGACGCGAAAUUUAACAGACAUUCCGCCAAUUCUUCUUCCGAGCCUUUGCUGCCAAUAAGGAUUCCCUACUCCAAAUCACGCAUCUUCUGCUAUUCGCCAUGGACGCAUUCACCUCCCUCGACUCCUUGGAAGCUUUCCAGAGUUCAGCUCUCCCUGAUGUCCACCAUACUAUCGUGAUUACUCAUGCUGUCCCUUGUGACGAGGAGACCCAUCUCGAGUCCGGCCAAGCCGGCAUGUGCACGAUUUCCUGAAGAGAGUUCGUUCAAGCUGGUCUUUGUUCGCUCUCGCUCAAGCGACCCCGUCGCCUAUUACCACCCCUAUGCCUCAUGUCUGUUUCAGUCUUCACCGUACUUCCUUCCUAAACGCCUAUGCCUUCAGCUCUAGGAGCGCUUGUAACACACUCAUUGCACCAUCCCUUCCUCUAUCAUUAUCUACUUAAGUGUAUACCAUGUAUAACUAUCCCGUUCAUUCACUCUCGUCGUAUCCCCUGUGCCAAGUCUCCAAUUCCAGAGCAUUUAUCACACCGCGACAGUCCCAAUGAGCCGAGUCGAACAUCACAAAGUUUCCGAAACUCGAAAUCUUUCCGCCGACGAUCCUGCAACCCGAAAGCGGUCGAUACAUCGCUCGCUACGCAGACCAGAAUGUCUGUCAUUGUAAGGAAAGUCUUUAUCCCUCACAGAAGUUGUCACCUCCAAAGUCGACUGCGCUCGUCAGAUGCGACAACCACCGGGUUUAGAUUACUCCUAGCCACAUCGUUGACA